AGCUCAGCGUCACGUCACAUGCGGAAGUCAGUUUCCGGUCACCGCGCGACAGUUUCCUGCAGCACAGAAGUUAAAUGUUGACAAACACAUCGGCGUGUCGAGGCCUUAUUACGUUAAUCUACUGAACAUCAACGCACUGACUGGCGGGAUUAACGUUAAACUGGACUGGUUGGUGCUCAGCAGCGGCCCGCGGACACUUUGUUUGGACGUUGGACUGUAAAUCUGUGUUUGACGACAGUUAGCAGCAGGUUAGCUUCUCGUUUGCUAAAACUCUGAGGAAGAAGUUCUGUGAGGUUCGUCCUCCAACUUCAGCCCCAACAUGAGAACAUCUCUGGAUCUCUGUUUCUGUCUGCUGACUCUGUGCACAGUAACACUUGGACAAAAUGGUGUCAGAGUGGUCGUGAAACAAGACAGUGAUGCUGUUUUACCCUGUUUGAUCAGCACAGAGGACCUCACAGGAAAACUGUUUGACUGGAAGAAAGAUAAGAAGGAGGUGUUCUUUUAUGAUUCAGGCCUUCAUUCCAAUAACGGCUUCCCAGGUCAAGAUGAGCAGUUCAGAGGUCGAGUCUCACAUUUUCAAGAUCAACUGAAGAACGGCAACGCCUCCAUAAAGAUCAAUAAUACAAAGAUGGCCGACAGCGGGAGCUACAGAUGCAUUUUUCCACGUCUUCAGCCGAGUCAAACCUUCAACAUUGAACUUGUUGUCGCUGCAUCUCCAAAGCCGUACGUCACCACGCUUGAUGAAACACAGGACAGGUCACUGCUGCAGUGUGAAGUUCGAGGAGCUUCUCCAAAACCUAAAGUGGAGUGGAAGGACAGCUCUGGAAACAUCCUUCCUGCUGAGGAGCCUCAUGUCUCAGAGAGAGGAAGCAGCUACAGCAUCACCCUGAACAUCACUGUGACCCAGACAGGACGCUACCGCUGUGUGGUCACUCAGGAGGACAUAAACCAUCAGACUUAUUCUGAGACCUUCGUGCAGUUAAACGAGAACUUAUCCAGACACGCGAUGCUGUUGAUGGUGAUAUCUUCACUCCUUUCUGUGCUUUUAGCACUUUCACUGCUUUUUUGUUUACUAUGGAUAAGGUAUCGCACAACACUGUCAGUUCUCUGUGACCCACGAGAGAAAUACGGUCUUCCAAGUGAACAUCGGGUCUGUGUACCUGUGCAUGUGUUGGCCUGAGUACCUGAGUUACAGAUUUUACGGAUCAUCAUAAUUAUUGUUUCCAAUAUAAAUAUUUAAUUAUCUCCAAGAGGUCAAAGAGUGAAACCAAACCCUGAAUCAGGUGAUUGUCUCACCUGAAGAUCCUGGUUCUUGGGCUGUAUUAAAAAUAUAUCAUGUGUGUAUAUAGAAUAUAAUUAAAUCAUGUGGUGCCUUUAAAAGGACAAAACUACAUCUGGAUCAAUUAAAGAUAACAGAAGAAACAGUUUUGUGUCUGAAGGAGUUAAAGAGUGUUUACAGGAAGCUUCAUCAGAUAACACUGAUGUUCUGAGUGGUGAUUUUAUUAUAGAAGAAGUUAAACAGAAAAUUAAAUCUGGAAUAGAAGAUAUUAAAACCUCAGUGCCUGGCAGAUAUACAUUCAUCAUCAACUGUCAUCAGAACUACGUGUUGGAGGAAAUUCUGCUUUUACACAUUUUGUUGGUUUUCAAAAGGUUUUUGAUGUGCAGGUGGAUUGUAGAAAUCAGGACCUUGUUUUGUCGCCCAAUUGAUUUUAUUCAGAUCAAUAAUUGAUUUUCUGACUUGUUCGAUGCUCCUUUUGGAGAUAAACACCGUGAAACUUUUCUCAAGCUUGUUUGGUAUUAUACAUUUGGAUUUAUUGUUUUAGUGUUAUUAACCAAAAUUGUUACAUAUGUGUAUAUAUUUGUGUAUUCAUACAGGAAUAAUGUGUUUCAGUGUAAAUAUAAAACAAGAAGUUAUAGUUUAACUUCCAGCUGCAGCGGCUCUGAUCCUCUGCAGACGCUCAGCUGUCUCUGUUUCUGCAUCGAGCUGCAACAUGAAAAUGUUCCUGAAUGAAGCUGCAUCUGUGUGAACAGUGAAAAUCACUGGUGGUGCUUUAAAAGUCAAUCAGUCCCUUAUUAUCUGUGCAGGAUGAUUUUGGAUUUAUUUUACUUUUUUUAAUUUAUGUUGUUUUUUACUCUGUGUUUUGAUUUAAUUUAGCCAGUUUUGAAAUUUGUUAUGAAAGACUGAAGACAAAGGUCCAUCUUUUCAAUUCAAAUAAUUUUAAAUACAUUUAAAAUACAUUUUUGUGUUUAUUUUAUGAAAACAAGUUAAAAUAACAAUCAUAUUGUUUCUGGUUUAAUAAAACACAGUUUGUGGACAAAGACAUUUUUGUCACUGAUCAGUUGAACUGUGUAUCAGACUGAACAUGAAGCCUGUCAGCACUCGUUACUCACUUUAAUAAACUGAAUUAACCCAAAA